AUGACAGAAAAUAAUAAUCAAGAAAUAGAAUGUCAACGUAUUGUUAUCAUUCCAGGUAUGGGAUGUACACCUGUACGAAAAUGUAAUUGGUAUGCAUGGCUUGAAAGAAAACUUUGGAAUGAUUCAUCUGAAAAAUUUACAGUUAUUCUUGAAGAUAUGCCAGAUCCUCAUAAAGCUCGUGAAUCUUAUUGGUUACCAUUUAUUCGAGAUGCACUUAAAAUUGAUGAAAAAACAAUAUUAAUUGGACACAGUUCAGGAUGUGAAGCUAUUAUGAGAUUAUUAGAAAAAGAUAAAGUACGUGGUGUAAUACUUGUAGCAGCUUGUCAUACUGAUUUAGGUGAUGAAGGAGAAAAAGAAAGUGAAUACUACAAUCGACCAUGGGAUUGGGAUACUAUAAAAUCUAAUGCAGAAUGGAUUGUUCAAUUAUAUUCACCUAGUGAUCAUCUUAUUCCAGUAGCUGAAGGACGUUUUGUUGCUGAUAAAUUACAAUCGGAAUAUAUGGAAUUAGAAAAACGUGGUCAUUUUAUGGAACAUCAGUUACCUGAAGUAUUGAAAGUGAUAAAACAAAAAUGUCAUGUUUAA